GCUUUAAUCGUACUAUCCCAAAUGCGCGACAUUGACGUGGCAUGUGCAACGAAAUUAUUACCACGUCCGCCAUUUUGUUGUGUACAGGUUUCCUUAGCUAAACUUUUUUCAUAGUAGUACAGUUCUAAUCAUUCUUUGCUGUGCUUUCAAUCAGCUAAGGCUCACUGGAACAAGGACUUCCAUUGUAAAGUGGUUGUAACCUAGAGAAACGUUUGAAACAUAAUGGGUAAUAUAGCUGCCCUCUUGAAACGCUGGAUAGGGAAGAAAGAAAUGAGGAUUUUAAUGGUUGGUUUGGAUGCAGCUGGAAAGACAACUAUACUUUAUAAGUUGAAGCUUGGAGAAAUAGUUACCACUAUUCCAACUAUAGGCUUCAAUGUUGAGACUGUGGAAUACAAAAACAUCAGCUUCACAGUAUGGGACGUUGGAGGUCAAGAUAAAAUAAGACCUCUUUGGAGACAUUACUUUCAAAACACUCAAGGUCUUAUUUUUGUAAUAGACAGCAAUGACAGAGAACGAAUAGGAGAGGCUAGAGAGGAAUUAAUGAGAAUGUUAAAUGAAGAUGAACUGCGAGAAGCAAAGCUAUUAGUUUUUGCUAAUAAACAGGAUCUCCCCAAUGCAAUGAAUGCUGCUGAAAUAACAGACAAAUUGGGUCUUCAUAAUUUAAGAAAUCGAUCAUGGUACAUUCAGGCCACAUGUGCAACCAGCGGUGAUGGGCUUUAUGAAGGACUUGAUUGGUUAUCUGCCAAUGUUAAAAAAUGAUUUUUUUUUUUUUUAACUUUUUUCAUUUAAAGCUGUCAUUCCUGUUUUAAUUAUACUUGUCAGCAGAUCUUAUUAUACUAUGCAAAAAUGGUUAAUACUUUCAUUUUAUUACCCAUUGAAUUUCAAAAUAAAUGUUUUGUUGCUGAAGGUUAUUUUAUUCCUUCUCAGAUAAUAUAGGGACCAGUUUAUUCAUAUAAAAUAUUAUGUUAGGUAACAAACUUUUUGUAUUUUUAUACACUUCCAAAUUUUUUUGUCUUUAACCCAUUAUUUCCAUGGUCAUGAGGUACUUGAUUUUGUACCACUGCAAAAUUAUUCCAAUUUUUUAAUGGAUGAGCAUAAACAACUUACUCCAUCUUUACGCAUUGUCUACUAAGAAAUGUGAUUCCAGACAUCUUUUGGUUGAAAUCAUGGUUUUGAUACUUUCAUUUGAACUAUUAUUAUAAUUUUCAUAACUUAUUGAUAAUGUGAAGUAAUUUAGCUCGAUCGUAGAUACAUAAAUCUGUGGCUGCAGUUAUUGCAUUAGCAUACACUAGUAUGUGGGUGUGUGGUCAGAGUUUUGUCUCAAGACCUUGGUAAUACAAAUAUAUAUUAAAAUAAUUUUACUGUGCUACAGAUCUAUUCCAGUUCAUUCUGAUUUGUUAACAAAAAGAUCAAUGCAAUAGUUAAAUAAAAAUCAGCCAGAAUCAUACUAUAGAAUACUGCUUUAAACUUCCUGGUUGUAUGGUUGGUAAUGGCGUUAGGUUUGCUGUAUUAUCAAAUGAGUUCAUAAUUACAUAGUACUGAUUAUUAAAUGUUUAAAGUAGGUCUACAGUUGCACAUUUAUUAUUAAAUGGCUCACUAUUUUUGUUUUGCCCACAUGGUAAAAAGUGUGGUUAAUAUCAGCUUACUCACUUCAGUUUUGUAAUUUGUGUGUUCUAGAAAUGCUAUACUAAUAUUAAGCUAAAUAUACCAUUCGAUAGUAUUUAGAAGAAGAAAAAAAAAUUUAAUCAAGUGGUUUUUUUUUUAAUAUUGCAAUUACAUGCUGUUGUGCACAUCUUUCACUGUACUAUAAACACAUUUUAUUAAAAUUAUAAAACAUUUUUGUUUUCAGUUCAGGGUUGGUAAAAUUUAGGGGAUUCAAUUCCAAAAUUUGUUUAUAUUAGUUUGAAUUUAAAAUAGACUUUCCAGUUGGGGGAAAAUGGUAAUGUGCACUUGUUUCAGCAUCAGAAAAGAAAAAAAGUAGGCUGUUUAAGGUUCUGCAACAUUUGUUUUCAACAUAUUGUUCAUUUUUAAAAAAAUUAUCUGUUGCAUCUAUUAAAAUGUGAAUAGUUUCUCUUUCAUAAAAAAAAAUUUCUAGUAUAAUAUGGUUGUACCAAGUCCACUAGUCUAUUGUUUAAAUAAAUCAAAUACACAAAAAUGAAUAAGCCUAUUACCAGGGUAAAAAGUAUUAUUCAUUGAUUAAAGAUUGUCUUUCUAAUUGUUACUUUUAAAGAAUCAUAAUUGUCUUAUGUUAAAUGAUUUUGUGUAUGUCUUUAGAUUUUCUGCCAGUUAAUUAUACAUAUAAUCUGAUAUGGAAGAAAAGUGUGAUACAUAUUUUUUUAUAUUUCAUUUUUAAAAUUUGAUACAGUACCCAGGUUUUCUUGUCACCAAAUCAAAAGCUUUUUAAAAUUUCUUAGCGUAUUCAGCUGGAUGUUCAUUUUUUUGUUUUUGUUAUAAAUAAAAUUUUGAAAAGC